AUUCCUUAUAUACCCGUGCAUCGUGCAUAAACAAGAGGUCAAGUCAGAUAAAUUUAUUGAUCAUUUUUUUCAAUUUGUUGACACCAUUGGUUAAAUCAAAGAUUACAAUAAAUUAAUCAUCAUAACAGUGUAGAUUGAUUCAAUGCUCGUUGAAAUAUGUUUUAAUCGUUAUAUUUCAGAUAGCGAAAGAUGGUACCUAGUGCAGUAUUUUUUCUAUUGUUUCUAACAGGAUUACAAAGCACAAAGGCAGGAGUCACAAAUGAAGAUAUAAGAAUUGCCAUCCUUCAAAUAGUGAACGUAGUCCGGUCAACGGAUGACAAGUUGGAGAGGCAUGAGUAUCGAGAUCGAGUGGUUGGAGAACAGUUGAAGAAAGGGAUGAUAAACAUAGACAAAAGAAUCAAGAUGCUGGAUCCAGUCAAAGGAACCGUUAGCAGAUUGGACGAAAGGUUGGCAGCAGUGGAAACGAUAUUGAUGCAGAAAAACGAACGAGAAAAGAUGCAGCUGCAAAGGACGUACGAAGCUGUGUUGGAUAUACAGCGAAACUUGCCGGUUAUCAUGGAACAAUUGAAAAACGACAUCGUGUCAAAGAUUGCCAGUCAAGAGCCCCCUGCCCAAAUAAUGGAACCCGUGAUGUCCAAGAAAGACUUCGAGAAAAUGGAGAAAGACGUUUUGGAAAAGAUGGAUAAAGUAACGUCAACCGUAAAGAAGAUGGAAAGUGAACUGAACAAAAUCAGGGAAGACAAUACGAAUCUCAACGACAUCAAUAAUAAAUCAUCGGAGAACCUGGAUAAGGUGAAGAGGCAUCUGGAUACCAGCGAGCAAUUGCUGGCAAAAUACGAGAACAAAUUGGCUGAAUACAAUAACAAGAUUCCAGAAAUUCCUUUGCCGAAUUACAAGGAACAAGACGAAUGGAGAAAUAAUUUUUUGAUAGCUUUGGACAGCCAAAAAUCGCAAGUGAAAGAAGUCCUUUCGGACGUGAAAAACGUCAGAUCCAAACUGAACGAUCUCCCGCAGAGCUACGACCUGAACGCCCUGCAGAACGUGACCUUGGAAAAACUGCAGGAGAUCAAAUCGGAAAUAGCGGCGCAUCCGAACAUAACCUCAACUCUGAUUACGAACGCCGUCAGAGACAUCAAUGCCAACUCCGAUGCCAAUCAAGUUGAGGCGAUGAAAAACGUCAACGAGCUGUCUGAGAUAACGGCAACAAUGGCGGACAGUUUCGCAACUAACUAUGGAAAAAUACUCAACGAAAUUCAGGCUCUGAGCAAGGUGAACCAGGUGAUGGUGCAAACUGCCGACAGCAUCCUCGAUACGAAACGUCGUGUUGAAUAUGGCGUCCACCAGAUUUUGGCAGAAGUCGCUUCGCAGAUCAAAGACAGCACCAAGGACAUCAAUCAAGCAGUCAGUGACAGGUUCGACUUGUUCGAAUCGUCGAUGUUCGACGGCGAAUCAGGAGCGAUAUCCAACAUCACCACGAAGAUAGGCGAGGACAUCCAUCAAGUGUGGCGGCAAAUCGGUAUCAUGCACCAACAAAUGACGACUUUUGUGUCGGUUGCAGAAAAAAAUAAUAAUAAUCUCGGUCCAUAAAUAUCUAGCACUAAUCAAUACUACACUAAUCUAUAAAUACACCUUAUUAUAGUUAAGUAUUGAAAUUAUAAACAUCUCAGCUAAGUAUUUUUGUUUGAUCAGGGAAGCCUUCAAGAUUCAAAUACUUGCUUGAUCUGUAUUUCAUUCGUUUUUCUCGGGAUGGAUAACUUGUUUUUGAAUAAUCAAAUUUUGCUUUCGCUCGGCUUCGCUAAACGCUCCGCCUCGCAAAUGCAAAAUUCGCUUGUCAAACAAAGUGUCACUUUUGAUCCUAAUAAAACAAUCUACUAUUUUUUGGGAGAAGAUACGAGUGUUUAAAGAAAGUAAACUUUUGUCUCGGGAUUUAAAAUACCACUUCAGUCCCUAGGUGUAUAAUGUACUAAUCAGCGCUGCGGCGUUUUCACUUCUAUCAAGAUGUACCUAGCAAUAAAUAACAAAUUUAUUAUGCAUCACAAUUGUGGUAAGCGGGAAUAGGCAAGUAUACUAAUUUUUUUUUUAUUUCUCAAAUGGAAUCAUCACUCGAAAACCUUUCAAUUUAAUAUUUUUAUAAGAAUCUUUCGGACGAUUUGUAGGUGCUAGAAUCAUCAAUAACGCCACGGUAAUUCCCAAACGGCUAGAAAUUUUACCGCCAGUAAAAACUGAUGACGUCACGAUUUCGUAAAUAGGGGCACACCAUAGCACAGUUGUUAUGUGUUGAAAUAUGAUUGGAAACUCCAGAAAUAUUAGUUAUUCAAUAAUGCAUAAAUUCUCAAUUGAGUAUUGGUAAUAUUCCUAGUUAGUAAUAAAAAUUCAAUUGUCUCAAAAUGUUACCUUAUGAUUUGUGGCUUAUUGCUUAUAAUAAAUUUCUGUAAAUAAUAGUUAUAUUAUUUCACACUAGAGGACAUUUGAAUCGGAGAACGCGACAACCCCGCGCACGACUUGUGGGCGUGGUCUUUUCAGUUCUCAGCAUUCAGCACAAUGUUGCCAAGUCUCUAACAUUCACAUGAUAUUUUGUUAUGGAGAAUAAGAAAUAUUUGGACAUGCUGGUUGCUCGAAGAAGUCAAGAAUGAACUAUAAUGUCAUGAGUCCCUCCUAUUAUGUUUUAUUCAACGACAGGACCCAAACAUCUUUUUGAUAACUUGAUUAUGAUUGGUGACUUGACAACCUUGCUUCAUGAGUGGAAAGGGAAGAUAAUCUGACUUAUUAUUUACAUAAAAAAAGAGUGAGAAGUGUUGCAAAAAUUAAUGUGGGUUCCUAUAAUGACACAGUGGAGUAAUUGAAUGCCAAUGAUUCAAUAUCAGUCCAUCGCCCAUUAUUACGGAAAUAUAGAGGAUGUGUUCAAAAUCAAGAUUUUUCAACUUGGGAAUUUUUUUGUGUAGAAAUUAUUUAUUAUUGGUCAAAACGGCUCACAUCUCCCUGUAUUAACUUUUGAUUUACUAUCUACUGACAUUCAAUUGAAACAAAUACAGGGUAGUUCAAGAAUCAAAGGUGAAAAAGUAACUUUUGUUUUUCCCUGUAUACUGAACAAGCUAACAGCCUUCGUUGGGUAUUUAUUCUAAACUAAGAUUUCAAAACAUAAAUUUCAUCAGCAUCGGAGGAAAAUUGAGAGAGGUAACAGGGCGACCAAUUUGGUAAUUUUUUUCUAGUUGUUUUUUUUUGCUUCUCAGUAUAUUAUCCCUUCAAGGUGUGCCAGAACAGUGUGCUAUGGAUCUUGUAUAGAUGCAAUUGUUUGUAUAAAUAAAAUAAAUAACCAUUGGAUAUGAAAUAAUUUUGUAACAUUUUUACAUUGAAUAAAAUACCUACAUAGUU